AUGACAGUGGAGAAGAGUCACUUGCCUGCCGCCAUGGGUGGCAGCCGACGUGAGGCAGUGGUGGCACAAAACCUACCAACGAUAGCGCACAGCGACGAUGUUGAUGCAGGCGAUGACGUUGAGAUGGCGGUGGCUCCUCCGGAGUUCGAGUUUAUCAAGGAGCCAAAGUUGACGAAGUGGAGCCAGCCCGCUUCAGUCGUCUUCUUGUGCGAUCGAAGGCAGUAUGAAGCCAAUAUCUGGGAGCGCUGUGUGGCCACCGGCGAAGCGCACGAGAACGUGCUGGUCAUCAUCUAG